GACGCAUGCGUUUUAAUGGGCGUCAUUGAUGACCGCUUGUUAAUAUUGUAAGUUUUUAAAUUUAUUUAUCUCUUUCGUCAUUUAUCUAUUUAGCCUAUUAUUCCAACUCAAUCUUGAGAGUAAGAUUCCUUUUUGGCGUUGUGCGGAAUAGUGAAAUGGAGAAUCAGUAAGUGGAUAAACCUACGUUAUUAAUGGAAUAACCAUCUAAUUCUAAGGAGCAAUUGCAACUGAGUACCUGAUACGUAUUACUAUCAGCACGGUAGAAUUUAAUGGUGCCUUCGAGGAAAAGAAUGUACCUAAUACUAUGAAAAUCUAUUGUGUAAAUUCAAUAUGAGAUAAUUACCAAAGUUUAAAUAUAUUUUUAUCAGUUAUGUUAGGUAUUGAAUGAAAAGUUUUAUCCUCAACUUGUAUAAAAGAAUAAUAAGAAAAGUAUGAAUGAGGUUAAAUUAGAAACUGCAUCCGAAACACUAGAGUUAAAAUUGAAUGAUGAUGGUGAAAGGGUUGAUGAUGGCGGAUGUGAACCGGGAACAGCUGAAACGAAUGGGACAACAACUAAAGAAUUAGAGUUCAGUAUUCCUCCUAAUCUUCUCGGUCACGACCUUUCGGCGCCGUAUUCUGAAGAAGACAGUUCACGUUCAGGGAAGCGAUUGCCAAAACCGCGGCCCGGUGUGAAAGUACCCUACCGGCAUCUCGCCUCUACGAUAGUCACUCCUGAUGAAAUAGCUCAAGAGAUUCUGGAAAGGUCUUGGAAAAAGUAUAACAAUUACAUGUCUGUUGAUGCCAACAAUACGGUGUACCCCGUUCAAAAUGUAGCUCAAGAUCAAGGCUCUGUAGUCUUGCAAAAGAGUAGUGAGGAGUCAUCGACCAACCUUGUGGGGGGCUCUGGUAACAGCACCAUCAAAGACGCUGACGAACUACUUUCGAUUCUUGAAGGGAAUGAGAAAAGCAUGGAGAAGAAAAGUAAGAACUCUGGAGCACAUACGUCACCUUACAAAGUGAUUAAACUGUAUCCUGAUCUUGAACGCGAGCUAGCCCUGAAACAACUCUCAGAAUUCACCACUCCUAGUCGGAAAAAGAAAACUCCCACACCCGGCAGUAAACUAAACGACAAGAAACGGUCAAUGGAGGGCAAGAAAGUCGAUAAGGGCAAAAUAUUGACUUUAAAACCUGGAGGUAAACAAUCAGAAGUGAAGAGUAGAACGAAGAAUGAGAAGAAACAGACUAAUGCCGCUGGAAAACGCAAGCUCAAUGCCGAGCACAAUCAAAGACCAAAGAAGAAGAAAAAUGUUCCAACAAACACAAACGGUAAGGCUGAUGAAGAAUCUGAUGUUUGGGAACAGCUUGAUACACAAUUAGCAACGGUCACUGAUACAAGCACUGUUGAUGAUACUAUCCUACCAAUAGAUCCUCCUAUGGAAGAUACCAAGAAUGUUAGAAAAUUCUUCAACAAAAGAAAAUUAUUGAAAAACGAUUCAAUUGCAGGAACAAGUAGCGUUCAUGUCAAUGGAAUGGACAAGUGUGAAGAGAAUAGAGACUGUGAUAACAACACAACCGACCCGAUUCCAAAGAAUAAAAAGACUUCAGCCAACAAGAAAAGUGACAGUUCAAGUAGUGAUAAGGAAGGUGCAACCGAUGACAGUAGUGCUCCAGUUGACAUUCCAGUGAAGAAGACUCGCGCAAUGCGUGAAAUCGAGCGACUGCUCGGAGAUGAGGGAGCAAUCAACAUGAUCUACUCGGUCGAACAGAAGAGGACUCCUGGCAAUGAGCCCAGUCGCCGCGGCAUUCUACCCUCAACUCGUAGGAAGAAGAAAGACUUGCUUUUAAAAACAAAGCUGGUGAAGAAUGCAGUUCUGAGAUUGUCGACUUCGCCGUCACAAGGCUUGGCCAAGACAGCUCUCAGAGCACGCAGGGACUCGAGCACUCCAUCCAUUUCCGAAGUCAAGUCACCAAAACACGAAUCGCUUGUAGGUGAUGCCCUCCAACCGUCUUCCCCAUUCGUCAGUCCGUCUAUGUCACCCGAGGCGUCUCGCAUCAUACGGAGACACUCUUCUAGCAGUUCUUAUUCGAGUAGGAGCAACAGUCCACGAAGGUCGAGUGUAGACAUGGAAAAGGCCUUUCCACCGUCCUCUCCUUUGUCCAGCCCUGAUAGACUGGCAUCGGAGUUUGAAGCUAAUUCACCAAAGAAAUCGUUACUCAGUCUCUCACCCAGUCUCGAUAAACAGUCAUCCUCCGGAUCUUCACCAACAUUCUUGAACAAUAACACGUUGAACCUGUCAAACAAUGACCCACUACCGAAAGCUGGCCGGUCGCCUCGCCGACUCCUGAAGCGCGAAGAGAUCAAUGAGAUUCUAAGGCGAGCAUCAGGUGACACUGCAAGCAAGGACACGCCCGUCGUAUUCAAACGCGACAUGCAUGACAAGUUGAACGCCGAAAUAUCCAGGACAAUCAUGAAGAACAUAAUGGCUGCAAAGCUGGACAAAUCUAACAGGAGACUAGAUGAGACUGAAAUUGAAAACUUUGUUAGAGGAGUCUCUAGCUCAGAGAAACGCCCGUCAACAGUCACAUCAACUAGUUCAGCGGAACCCAGCACGUCUUUUGCUUCAUCCAAAUCCGAAUCCAGUUCUCCGCUUCCAGUACCUACCAGUCCUACUCCAACUAGCUAUUCAAAUCUCGUGAAAAGUAUUACCAAUGAUAGUCAGAAAAAGCGUGAAAGCGACAAUGAAAAAAUCAGAACUCAUCGACAGAGCUCUGGCGGAUCUCAUUCCUACAAGGAAAUCAGUCUGCGUCGCUACGAUCAUCUUGUUCAAAUCAUCCUCACACCCAUUUCGACAAAGAUGAAGAAUGCCUUCAACUCACAGGUGUUCAAAGAGAUGUCCAGCGUGUUGGCCUGCUUGCGUAAGGACGAGAGCUGUCGCGUGGUGCUGAUGACGUCAACAGGCAGCGCAUUCUGCCACGGCAUUGACAUCACGGCGCUCAUGCAGCCCUCCUACGACAAGAGGAAGGCCGCUGCUAUCGAAAUGCUACUCGCCAUGAAGGAGUUUGUGAAGAGCCUGGCGACAUUCAACAAGCCGCUGAUAGCUGGCGUGCACGGGGCGGCGGUGGGGUUGGGGGUGACUAUGCUGCCUUUCUUCGACAUGGUGUUUGCGAGCGACAAGGCCACCUUCCACACGCCCUACGCCCGGCUGGGUCAAGUGCCUGAGGGCGCCGCUACGCUCACCCUGCCUCAGAUGCUCGGCAAUGCUGUGACAAGCGAGCUGCUGUUUGGUUGCCGAAAGUUGACGGCCAGUGAAGCUCUCCAUUUCGGUUUGGUGACUAGGAUAUUGUGGCCGGACAGGUUUCAAGAGGAGCUCAUUCCUCUGAUUCGUGGAAUCGCCACUCAAUCAUCCCAGUCAAUGGAAGCGACGAAGGCACUGCUGCGGCACUCGCUGUGCACCAAACUGGAGCCGGCGCUGUUGUCCGAGUCGCAGCUGCUGCUCUGCCAUUGGACGAGUGACGAGUGCCAGCACUGCUUCCGCCAAUACCUCGAGGAGGAAACGCCCACCAUGCAGAAGUAGCAGCAUCGACCGCCCCUCUACUCAUCCUACUUCAUGGAUUGGCCCACACCCUAGACCAGGGAAAGAUUAAUAUGCACGGACUGAGGUUUUAAAACACGUAUAUAGUUUUAUUACUGAUACAUCAACCAUGUAAAAUAGUCACUCUAUAAAAAUCAAUUAUCACUGUUAUCAACAGUUCUUGUAGAAGAUAAAUAAUUCUCACAAGCCUGUGACUUGAAAUUAUUAUACCACCAAUAGACUUAGAGAGUUUCAUUUUUUUUAGUAAAUGUGUUUAUAAUACUCAUCAUAUACUUUUUUUUUCUUUGUAAGUUUCUGUUGACUUACUACUCGUAUUAAAAUGAUUAGUAUGAAUGACUAAUUUCUUUUUUUCUUAUUGCUUCAAUUCAAUGCAUUUUUUUUAAAUAUUUGAAAUAUUUGAUUUUGAAAUAUUUUUUUGAAAAUAAGUUUCUGUUGACUUACUACUCGUAUUAAAAUGAUUAGUAUGAAUGACUAAUUUCUUUUUUUCUUAUUGCUUCAAUUCAAUGCAUUUUUUUGAAAAUUUAUGUGUUCUUCAAAAGAUGUUAUUAUUGGUUUGGGAAAGAAUCUUGGAAAAAAAUAUAUUUCUUGAAUGUUUGGAUCAAAUUGUUUUGUACAGAAGACUCUGUUGAAAGUCGUCAACUUGUUUUUUAGAAUUAAUAUAUAAUAAUAUAUUUACUCACGAUGGAUUCUUUUUGUAAUCUACUAAUGUUUAAAAGUGGCAUCAUUCUUCUAUAAUAGUGUGUACUUGUUAUUUGUAUCUAUACCACAAGAAUGAAAGUUGAUGAUAAUAUUGUUUAGUCUUAGGGUUUGGAAGGUCACGAAUGUGUUUUUUAGCCUCGUAAAUGUAUUAUUCUUACUUCUUGAAAAAUUGGUUGACUACCGGUACCAUGAAAACUGUAAUUUUAGAAUGAAAGUGAUGUAAGUUAUCAUGGAUAUUGUGAAAAAAUCCGUUGUCUGAUGUCACCUAGUUGUAUUUUCUAUAAUAAGCUUAGUGGGAGCAAUAAACUAUUAUGAUUAAUCUAUUAGAUUUAGUAAGAAAAUUUUAAACUACAUUUCGUAAUUAUUGCCCUAGUAAGAAAUAUGUGGCAUUACAUUUACUUGAAAUUUGUGUGAUCUAAAAAUGUCAUCUAUUACUUGUAGCAUUUCUUUCACUAUUGAAUAAGACUCCAAGAAAUUGGUGGAGUCAACAUAACGUAAAUGUAAAUAGAGUUUUAGACUCAAAGAUCCUGACUAGCAAAUAGCGAUAAUCAUAAUGUAGGAAUACCUAUUCUAAUCUGUGUGAAGAACAAGUUCAUUUUUCUAAAUUAUGAGAAACAUUGGUUUUCUGGUGAUACUUCCCACCCAAUUGCACUUUUGUUCUUGUUUUACUCAAAAGAGAGUUUGCACAGCAUGUACCCUUUUUGCCCCAUCCAUUCUCCUGAUUCUUCCUUAUAACUUUCGUUUUGUGAUGGUAUUUUUAUAGUUAUACACUAUUAUAUAUAGACUAUUCAACUUUACGGUUUAUACAAACUAAUCUUGAAACUGGACCGAUUGUUCAUUUCUAUAUUUUAUAUUACAAUUUCCAAACUGACUUUGAACCAUUUAAUUAUUCAACUCUACUACAUAAUACAAUUAUGAAAAAAAACGGCAUGUCUUAUGAAAUUUUAUAUGGAGUAUUCUAUCAAUAUAAACUAAAAUGGAAUACAUUUUAUCCUAUUUGUAGCAUAUAGUUCUGCAUAGCUCCUCUACAUUUAACAUGGAAUUGUACAGACAGUACCGUAUUGUUGUAGCUCCUCUACAUAGACAUUGAGUUUGGGGUAGGCUACAAUAAUUUAUAUUUUCCAAUUCAGUAACACAGGCCGUUCAACUUUCAAGAGGUUUCACUAUUUAUUUUACCAUAUCUGACGAAGAUUGUUUUAUUUUGCUAGUAUUUGAAGUGAGAUGGAUAAAAUUAUGUUCAAAAUGUUAGUUGUAUUUUUAUUCGGAGUGUAGACUGUAGAUGUUUACAGCUAGUCCAGGAGAAUUACUUUGUAUUUAUUUUUAACUUUGAGGAGUAUCAUGCCUACAAUGAAGGCAAGACUUUUCCCCACAUACGUAUUAUUUAGAUUCUAUGUGGGGAAACAUACAAAUAUUCCUUUUAUAUUGGUUUGUAUUAUGGUUAAUCUAUUAUGUUUCAGAAAUAAACUGAACAUAAACAUAUGAAUAUGUUUAUAUAUCAUAUAAGAAAUAGACUGAACAUACAUUAACACCUCAUUUAUCCGGUAAUUUGCUAAUCCGCAAUGCCGGAUAAACGAGGCUUUACUGUAGUUCGAAUGGAAUAAUCACAGCAAUAUUAUUUUAUUCGACUAAUAAAAUUGUUGAGUGAUUCACAGCAAUGAAGGGCUCGAACUUAGACUAGCUUUUAACGUCUAUUUUCUUUCAUUAAAUGAGCUUUCAGCGUAUGACUAAAGUAUAAACACUUCCCCUUUUCGAAGUUUAACACUGUGUUUUAUAUUGUGUACUAUUCUACAAGUGCUAUUCAUCUAUCACAUAGGAUGGGUGUAGCAUUUCGGUUCUGUUUCGGAAAGAAAAAUCAUUCUUAUUAUUAUAUGAAAAUUUCUUCCGUUCCAGGCCCUAUAGUUUAUCAAAGUCUUAAGCUGUUAUCACUUUUUUAUACCGUAGUCGAUGUAAGUGUACCUAUGUUGAACCUAGAUUUUCUGUACAAAUUAUCAUUACCCAUUCUAAUAGAAUAUAAAAUAGGGGAAUAAUAUCUCAUUGCAAUAUUGAAAAAUAUAUAAUUAUGUGUUGGUGAUUUAAAAUAUUUAAUUGUUGUUAAUUCAAUUAUAAUAUUUUUGUAGAAGUAUUAUCAAGGUUUUCAUGAUUAUUUUAUUUGUAAAUCUGUCGAAGUGUGUAGAUUAUAAGGCGGGCUGAAUCAAUAUGGAAGUUUUGAAAUGGGGCUUUUUCAUUUGAAAAAUUCGUAGAGAAACUCGACAGAUUUCCCAAUAUUAUUCAUAUUUGUUGAUAAUUCAAUAACAUUUAAAGCAAUGUUUGUUGAUUCUUUAGAUAUCAUUUUAAAAUGAUAUUUUUAUAAGAUUUUUUCCAUUUUUGACACUACGGUACUAUUGAGUUACUUUAAUCAUUAUUGAGUUUUUCUUCCAUUGAAUUGAGAACAUUGUUCGGUUUAAACACUAAAAAUAAAGUUUUGUUUAACAAUUUUUGAAAUUUAAUUUUAUUGACUCCAAAUUCUUUAAAAUCUCUCUUUUUGAAAAUGAAAUGAUGUGAAAAUGCUUUCGGUAAACUUGAGGCUUACUCAAGUGUAUUUAGAAUAGUCGAUAUACAGACCAAUAAGAUAUAUUUCCAGCGUCUAGACUCUAAUAAUAACAAUUAGAUGAAAGAGGAUUCAAAUUCAAUUUCCCAGGACUUAUUUGUAUGACAUUAUCUUUGUACAUACCAAAAUAUUAUGAAAAAGAAACUGGCUUAUUCUGUAAGGAGAAACUGAAGAAGUAAUAUUUAUUUGAUGUAAUUAAAUGUAUUGGUAGAAUUUCCUUUUCUUCCAAAUUGAUCUUGUUGGUCAUAAUCAAUAUUAUUGACUUCUGUUUGAUUCAUGCCAAUUAAUUUUCAAUUUUCAAAUCAAAUACUUUUAUGAAUAUCCAUGUCUAGGUUGAUAACGUUGAACGAAGUCAUAGAACAUAGAUUUUUGGACGUUCGAUGUUUGCCGUCCUUAUGAAAUCUACCUGAUUAAAAGGAACUUAGCAAAAAUAUCAUCAGUUUGUCAAGUUAUGUUUAGGUAAUGUAAUAGAAUUUUUCAAGGACGGAAAAAAUUCAUACGUCCAAAAAUCGAUGUGUGUGUAACUGGCUUCAUACUUUUUUAAUUAUGGAAAAUAUAUAAGAUUUACUCACUGAUUGGAGCUUGCAUUCGAAUCGCAUGGGAUUUAUUGUUAAUAGUCAAUGUUUUUUACUGCUACAUUGUUUGACAAAAUAAUGAACUAUUGUCACAAAAUGAAUUUAUUACAGCCAAUUAUUGCUCAAGUUAUUUCUUAAUAACAUCAUUUAUAUAUCGAUACAGUACUCAAGUUCACUUUAUUCUAGAAAUGUACGUUUAGACCGAAUCCUAGUUGGUGUUUUCCUUUGCUUAUGUUUUGGCCUUCGAUCAUAGCACACAGACUGAUCGCAGUGGUGUCAUUGAUUGUCUGGGUGAGACUUAGACCAAGCAUUGCCUUGCUGUCGACUUUACCUCUCAAGACACAGUCUUCGUUGUGAGUGUACUUGACCCCCACAGUCACUAGAACACCGUCG